AUGUACAACGGCAUGGGGGUGGACAACUUUGCUGAAAAAUUGGCCAAUUUAUCAAAAAGCGAGUUAGGAGCUUUGCUUGACGACGACGCGCAAAUAAAAAAGAUGGUGAAGGAGAGCUCAAUGGUGGAGGACUUAGAGGGCAAAAGAAAGCGCCUUCUUAAGAGUAACAACGAAAAGGCUACAGAAAAUCUUAGCCUUGAGCCGGAGCUCACGAAAAUGAAGGCCGACCUGAUUGAAGCGCACACGGCGUUUGCCCACCAAUUGGAGUCUUACAAGAAGUAUAAGGGAAAGUUAGAUAAGCUAAACUCAGCCUAUUCGGCUAAUGCUAUGCUAGAGUUGAUGCAGGCCGCUAAUGCGGAAGAAGACGAAAAGGCCGAAACGUUACAGUCCAAAUUUUUGCGAAAGGAAAUCAGUAUCGAUGAAUUCCUUGAUCAGAUGUUACCUUCGCGAAAGCUUUUCAAUACUCGGCGAGUGAAGAUUGACAAGUUGACCGAAAUUCUUUUAAAUCCUGGACGUCCGGCUCCCCCGCGGCCGGUCUAG